AUGUUGCUCCACGAAGCGGUUCAGUUCCCAUCUUCUCCGGUUCACCAAACCAUGCUCACCCAAAGUGAAAUAGAAGACCUGUUUUCUCUCAUAAACAAAUCCAGAGACCGGCCCAGCCUGGCAUCCGGUUCGCAGGGAUCGAACCGGACGGUUUACUCGUCCGAGGAAAGAAAGCUGAGACGCAUGCAAUCGAACCGGGAAUCGGCCCGAAGGUCCCGCUACAGAAAGAAGAAGCAUCUUGAGAACCUCUCGAGCCAACUGAACCGGUUGAGAAUCCAAAACCGGUUUCUCAAAAACCGAGUCGCCUCGACCAUGCACCAACACCUCCUUCUAUCCCUACAUAACGAUCAUCUUAAAUCCGAAGCUAUUGCGCUUAUGGCCACUCUUUCGGAUCUCUGUGGGAUCUUAUUUUAG